AUGAGCACUGUUGGAAUGGCAGCUAAUAAAACUAGACCUUCGCGUACAACAAACGAAUCUGCAAUUUAUUCAUCACAAGAGGAACAACGUAAUGCAAAUAAUCUCGAACGUUAUCGUCAAUUAUCAGCAAAAGUCGAACGAUGUAUGCAAGAAUUAGUUGAACGUAUAUAUGAAAAAAAUCCAACUUUAAAUUUUGAAUUACUUGCUCCACCACCAGCACAUUUAGCAUCUUCUUCACCAAAUGAUAAUAAAGAAUAUUUUUUUGAUUUUUAUCUCGUAUGGAAAAAUCCUGGUAAAAUUCAAGUUGAAAGAGAUGCAUCAUCAGUAUGUUGUAAAAUAAAAUAUCUUAAUCGUUCAAUGUUACGAUCACGUGCUGAACAAGAUCGUUUAUUAAUAUCGAAUAUUGAUAAGAAGAAAUUUUCAUAUUUAAAUGGACGUGGUUUACGUGAUUUAUUUUUUGAAACACUUCAUACUAUAUCUCCAGAUUUAGUACGUAUUGAUUUCAUUGAAUAUCUUAUCUAUUUUGAUUUAAUUAUACCUGCGGGAAAAGAAAAAACUACAUGUCAUGUAACAUUACUUCCUUGUAUACAUUUACGUGAAGAAAAUGAAGUUUUAUUACCAUUUGGUACACUACGAUGGUAUCCAAGAUCACUUAUAUCUUCAAACGAAAAUAAUUUAUUUAAUUGUCUACAACAACCAUUACAAAAUGUAUCUAUUCGUCGUUAUAUGUCAACAACUGAUAAUGCUGAUACAUCAGCAAAAUAUACUCGACAAGAUCAACAAGCAUUCGCACGUAUGCGUACUAUUAUACAUGAAUUAUUAUCUUCAUAUAUGUUAGAACAUAUUGAUAAUAUGGACCAAAUUCGUCUACCAUUUGAUGAUGAUUUUGAUGAAACAAAGAAAAUUUUCUUUUUACCACAUGAAACAGAUCGAAAUUGUAAUGUAUUUCCAGCUGGACAAUAUCUAUUAGAUGAUCUCAAAGCGAAACGAUUUUUUAAAAGAGUUUUACAAACAAAUAUAAAAAUUCCAACUAAUAUACCAGUACCCGUACCAAUACCAAUUCCAAUAGAUAAUAAUGAUGUAAAAGUUUGA